AUGGAUAAAGAUAAUCGGGAUGAUUUCACCUUUGCAAAGUUGUCAGACAUCAAGCACCCCGUAACGUUCAGAAUAUCUCAGCUUGAAGGCGUUCGACGGCCAAAGUCUGUCACGGAGUUGCUACAACACCCCGAACUUCGCUUUCACGGUAUUCAAUCACCAACACUUUCAGAUCUCUACGUUACUUGCCAGCUCGUCGCUGAUAACAAGCCAUUGACCAUUCCCUUCCGAACAUCCUUUAAAUCAUUCAAGAAUGCAUAUACAUGGAAUGAAUGGAUCACGCUACCAAUCCGUUACUGUGAUUUACCACUAAGCUCGCAGAUCACCUUCACCGUUUGGGACAUCGGGGGACCGAGAACUGCCGUGCCGGUAGGAGGGUCAACAUUUCGUUUGUUUGGAAAGAAGUGGACGCUCCGGCGUGGAAAACACCGUCUGCUCCUUUGGCCUGGAUUGGAGGCGGACGGGUCGGUCGAGUCAACAACACCCAGCAAGAUGGCCACACCAGAUGAGAUGGGCCGUUUGGAGAAGCUUGUCAAGAAGUACGAGCGUGGCGACCUUCCGAAGUCUGACUGGCUUGACAAAAUGGCAUUCAGAAAGAUGGAGGAGAUUCAUGCAGUAAGACUAGCAGGUGAAACGGAGAAAUCAGACGACCUCUUCCUCUAUGUCGACUUGCCACGAUUUGAUUUUCCUGUCAUAUUCAGCGAACCGGAAGUUGCCCCUCCUCCGUCAACAGUUACAACCAUUUCGGCGGUCGUUCAACCUCCUGCUGCACCUUCAAUAUCAUCUUCCUUUGACAAUGACACGAACCUAUGGAGUAUUGUCGAUCCAGAUGUCAUGCACGAAAAUCCAGUCGAGGACAAACAUCGUCGUUUAGUGCGAAGUCACCGAAGCAGCCCUUACGACAGGGAAUUAAAACCCAACGCUAAAAUUAGGGACGAUCUGGGACAAAUCCUCAACUACUCUCCUAGUCAACAAUUAACAUCGGAAGAAAAGGACCUCAUCUGGAAAUUUCGUUUCUAUCUUGCCAGGGACAAGCGAGGUCUGACCAAGUUUUUGAAGUCGGUUACGUGGCGCGACUCGUCAGAAGUGAAGCAAGCUGUGGAGGAAUUGUUGCCUCAAUGGACAGAAAUCGAUACGGACGACGCACUCGAAUUACUAGGACCAGGCACCCUAGAUUCGAGAGUCAGAGCGUUUGCAGUCAAACAACUCAGCAGAGCGGACGAUGACGAGCUACUGCUCUACCUGCUGCAACUUGUUCAAUCCCUCAAAUUCGAGAGCACGGCUAGCGAUCAGCGUGCUAUCUCCUACGACGACAGUGGGUUGACCGACUUUCUCAUCGGACGGGGGGUGAAAAACCCAGUUUUGGGCAACAGGCUUUACUGGUAUCUCAUGGUUGAAGUAGCACUCGAAGACAGGGUGAUGGCAAAGAUGUAUGGCCGCGUCGUUUUCAGGUUUAUGAACAAGAUCUUAGAGGUAUACAAUGGCUCCGAGAGGCGUGAGCUCAUGCGCCGCCAGGGGUUGAUGGUCGAUACACUUGCAAAACGCGCUCGAGAACUUCGCACAUCGAAAGACCCACGACCAAAGAAAAUUGAAAAGCUCCGGUCAAUUAUCUCAGACUCGAAGAACAAUCUUGCUUCGAUGCCCCCGCUUCCACUUCCUCUCAACGCGACAAUAGAAGUUACUGGAAUAAUUGCCGAAAAAUCUUCGGUUUUCAAGUCUAACCUCUACCCCCUCCUUUUGUUUUUUCAAUGCUCAGACGGCUCGGAAUAUCCAAUCAUAUUCAAAGAUGGGGAUGACAUGCGCCAGGAUCAACUUGUCAUCCAACUCUUCACUCUGAUGGAUCAGUUGUUGAGAAAGGAAAAUCUAGAUCUAAAAUUAAGCCCGUACAACGUUCUUGCGACAGGCCCACUGCAAGGCAUGGCCCAAUUUAUCCCGAGCAAAACUAUUGCAGCUAUUUGUAGCGAGCAUGGAAAUCUGUUGAAUUAUCUUAGGGUAAGUAAUCCUGAUGAAGGGAGUGUAGGCACCUGGGGCGUCGAACCAAGCGUGAUCGAUACCUUUGUACGCAGCUGUGCGGGGUAUUGCGUUGUGACGUACCUACUUGGAGUCGGAGAUCGUCAUCUUGAUAACCUGUUAGUUGCUCCCGAUGGUCAUUUCUUUCAUGUCGAUUUUGGAUAUAUUCUUGGGCGAGAUCCCAAACCAUUCCCACCACCUGUAAAGGUUUGCAAAGAGAUGGUCGACUGUAUGGGGGGUCCUCAGUCCCCCCAUUAUAUGCGCUUCAAGAACUUUUGCUUCACCGCCUUCACUAUUCUUCGGAAAAGCGCCAAUCUUAUUUUGAACUUGGUAUCUCUCAUGGUGGAUGCGAAUAUCCCAGACAUCAAACAUCGAGAUGUUCACGAACAAAUCCAAGAGAAGUUCCGAUUAGAUCUAACAGAAGAAGACGCCAUCAAGCACUUUGAGGACCUACUGAAUGAGACAUCUUACCUUACUGUGGUUCUCGAUAGGAUACAUGACUUGGCUCAGUACUGGCGAAGCUAG